UAGAUACUUCAGGAAAUAUUUCCAGGAGAUAAAUUGUUUCAUAUCGAUUGCAAGUUCUUUAAUGAUGGAUAUUAAAGUACCUUGUGUUCACAACUUUCCUCUAAGAGGUUUAGACCCCUCUUUGUUUGAACUUAUAUUCAAGGAGGAUAUCACAAACCCGGAAGAAUUGGACUCUUUUAUCUCAGACAGAUAUCCUAACCAUCCAUUCUACUAUGUAGUAUCUGGUUAUAUAAUUAACAGAAAUGGAUCAAGGGUUGGUACUAAUUACAUUAGAAAUAUCUACACUGGAGAGAUGUUGAAAGAUCCUUUAUUAGACAAAAUGGUAAAAUAUAUAGGAUUAGAUGAAAAUAAAUUCUUAAGGUUAAAUAAUUUUUUAACUUCCUUUGGAAGAAAUAACAACUCUUCUCAUUCUUAUAUAAUAUUUAUUCCAGAAGACUCCUCUUGGACUGAUCACACAUGUUCUAUGGUAAUUCAGACUUAUAAGACAUUGGACUUUGAUGUUAUUAAUGAGAAGGCAGUUAAAACAUUUAACGAAUUUCAAGACUUUCUCACCGGAGACUUCUAUUUUAUCUAUCAGGAUAUUGACAGGUACUAUAUUUCGUCUUAUACAGGUUUACAUCUCAAUAUAUCAGAAAAAAGACUUGAAAAGGCUAUUCUUAUGAAUAUGCUAGAAGACAGUGGCUUUGAAAGUAUAAUAAAACUUGAGGGAUUUCAUAAUGAAAAUAACAUUGAAGAAGUCUGAUUUAAAAAAAUAAUAGUUUUAAAAA